AUGAUGACCCGGGCUUCACAACCCGUAACGCUCACUGCAGGAAAGAUGUACCCCAUUAAUGUGGAGAUUCUGGUGGGACUGUUCCAGUUUACGUAUACUAUAUCCAUGGCCUUGGCGAAAUGUAAAAUUUAAAUACUUCCCCAUAUUGUAUUUCAU